UGUGUAGCAAGCUUUGACGUACCGGGAGAAUGCGAUCGAAUUUACAUAAUUGUAGUAGGCCAAUGUAGAUUUUAUCCAAACUAAAUAAGACUGUUUAUCGGCAGUCGAUAUUCUCUAAGUAAUUUUUAUUCAAACUAAUUUCAAGAUUUAUUCUUGGACAACAAUUAAGGCUGUAUUCAAAAAUUAAAAUUAAGAAUCUUUGGCUAUGACUUCAUAUGAGAAGUACGAUAAGGUAAACAUCUGGUGGUUUCCUGCAGACUUUUGUCAAGCACGCUACGGAAAGUACCACAAGAGUGGAAAUAAUUCUUGUACUCUAAUAUCGCUGAUCUUUGCGAAUAAGCUAAGCAAGUCAUCAGACUUUAGCCAAAACGUGGAAGAGUUGCCCACCCGAAUAUGGAAUUUUAUUGGUAGCUCAAUCAACGAUGGCAACAAAGUGUAUCGUGAUCGUGUUCCCAAAUCCCUUAACAUAAGUAUUCCAGCCGCAAUUUUGGAAUUAGCUACGCGUAAGACGAUUGAUUUUCAGUUGGUUGAAUGGUUCUUCACACAAUUGGAUGUCGAAAUUGAGGAUCCUUUUGGCAUCAGUGAAGAACUCGCUCGCAUUUUGAAGACAACUUUGAAAGUGUUUCAGCACCAAGACUGGGAGGUGCCGUCCCAUCUAUUUGCUGCCAUUAUUGCUGACAGUCGAACCAUAAUAAUAAGCUUUGAUUUGAACAAUUCAAUUGCCUCAUUCUUCGAUUCCCAUCGGCACGGCGAGAAUACUGGCGCUGUCUUCGCCCAGGCAACUAUGGAAGACAUUGACAAUUUGAUGUUUUGGUAUAUUACCAUGAUGGACACCAGUUUUUCCAGUCGCCCCGAGAUGUACGAGAUAGCAUUUCUUAGCUCACAUCGGGACUUGUCCGAAAUUCCUUCGCCGCCAUUUGGGGAUUUGGCUAAGGAUCUGAAAAAGUCACAACCCGAUGCACCGCUCAAAUUGAAGCCAGAGAAUUUCGAUGAGUUCGACGAGGAAAAACUUAAAACAUAAUUAAUGUUUAAUAUUCGAAACGAAUCAAAAAGAAAUGGAAAUUUGAGUAAAUCUGUAUCUAAAGGUCGGGCUAGUAUGGGAGACACCCAUAACAUCAUUAAUGUUUGCAAUUUACAUACAAAAAAUAUGUAGAAUCUG